UUAAAGAACACGAAAAGCCUACCGGCGCUAAGGGCCAAGUAAAACCCACCGGAAUUAAAGACAAACCUAAGUUUAAUGUAAAAUCUACUGAAGCUAAAGAAUACGAAAAGCCCACCGGUGCUAAAGGCCAAGUAAAACCUACCAGCAUUAAUGACAAAGGUAAUUUUCGUGUAAAGCCCACCGAAGCUAAAGACCAAGAAAAACCCACCGGUGCUAAAGGCAAAGCAAAGCCCACCGAAGCUAAAGAUCAAGAAAAACCCACCGGUGCUAAAGGCAAAGCAAAGCCCACCGGUAUCAAAGCCGAAGAUAAACCUCAUGUAAUGCCCAUAGAUAAUAAGGACCAAGGAAAACCCACCAGCGCUAAAGGCAAAGCCAAGCCCACCGGUAUCAAAGACGAAGAUAAAUCUCGUGUAAUGUCCAUCGACGACAAAGACAAAGAAAAACCCAACGGCGUUAAAGGUGGAACAAAGCCUACUGAAGCUAAACAUUUUUUAGUAGAAGCUGAUGUUAAAGCAGUUGGAAUUAGGGUUGUUAACUUACAU